CCACCUUUACUUAAGGCUCAUUAACUCAUAUGACUCAUUGGCCCAUCUCUGCCAAUUGUCACACGACUUGAUGGUUUUCUUUGUUUUCGACGAAGUGCUAAAACAUGUGGCUCAACUUUGGGUUCCAAAACAAAAGAUUUUGAAAAUAAUAUAUCAUAACACAAAGAAAAGAAAGAAAGAUAUAAAGUCAGCUUAAAGCUCUCGCAUGGCGUCUCAAGAUUGUCAUAUGUUAUUGAGCUUCUUUAUAUCUACUUUUUUAAUCACUGUCGUGACCUCGCAAACUCGAUGCCGAAAUUUCAAGUCGAUCAUCAGUUUCGGCGACUCGAUUACUGAUACUGGAAACUUACUCGGCCUCUCUAGUCCUAACGAUCUUCCUGAGUCAGCCUUUCCGCCAUACGGAGAAACCUUCUUCCACCAUCCGUCUGGUCGUUUCUCCGAUGGCCGCCUCAUCAUCGACUUCAUUGCUGAAUUCUUAGGGAUUCCACAUGUGCCUCCGUUUUAUGGAUCUAAAAAUGGAAACUUUGAGAAAGGAGUUAAUUUUGCGGUGGGAGGAGCAACAGCACUAGAAUGUUCUGUUCUUGAGGAGAAAGGAACUCAUUGUUCUCAAAGCAAUAUUAGUUUAGGAAACCAGCUUAAGAGCUUCAAAGAGAGUUUACCAUAUCUUUGUGGCUCCUCAUCACCAGAUUGUAGAGAUAUGAUUGAAAAUGCAUUUAUUCUCAUUGGAGAAAUUGGAGGGAAUGAUUACAACUUCCCAUUAUUUGAUCGCAAGAACAUUGAGGAAGUCAAAGAGCUGGUUCCCCUUGUGAUCACUACUAUUUCUUCGGCGAUCUCGGAGUUGGUUGAUAUGGGAGCAAGAACAUUCCUAGUUCCUGGAAAUUUUCCACUUGGAUGCUCUGUAGCCUAUUUGACGUUAUACGAAACACCAAACAAAGAAGAAUACAAUCCUCUAACAGGAUGUUUGACAUGGCUGAACGACUUUUCAGUAUACCACAACGAGCAGCUUCAAGCAGAACUCAAAAGACUUAGGAAUCUUUACCCUCAUGUCAACAUCAUAUAUGGUGACUACUACAAUACUCUGUUGCGCCUUAUGCAAGAACCAUCCAAAUUCGGGCUCAUGGACAGACCUUUGCCCGCUUGUUGCGGGUUAGGAGGACCAUACAACUUCACCUUUAGUAUAAAAUGUGGGAGUAAAGGAGUUGAAUAUUGUAGUGAUCCUUCGAAGUAUGUGAAUUGGGACGGCAUUCAUAUGACUGAGGCUGCAUACAAAUGGAUAUCCGAGGGCGUACUAACAGGGCCAUAUGCGAUUCCUCCUUUCAAUUGGUCAUGCCUCGACUCUAAGAUUAAGAACAAUGAGUCAUUACACACACAAUAUUCUUUGAUGAACAGCUGAUGCAAGCUUGUCUAAAACAUUGAGAGGCAAGAAAGAUAAUGAGCUAUUAAGAUGUUUUAGUAAUAAUUAAAAAAAAAGAUAAUGAGAAGAACAUAUAUGUUUUUAAAUGUAUUGUAUUGUAUUAUAUUGUUUGGGAGAAAGUGGUUAAGUGGUAGUUGCUAAAUCAUGUGGUAUCUUAGUUGGAUUAGAAUAUUUCAAGAGUUGGAUAGAGAUAAUAAAAGACAUAUUAAACAA